AUGGAGGACAUUGGCGGGGUCAUGGAGGAGGCUCACAUCUGCCCACGGAGAGAACACAACUCCUACGCUCCAACAAGGCCCAACGUUUUGCAUUGCUUCGGCGUGGAUUUCCUGUCGAACAAAGAGGUUAUGGAGAUUUUCGCGGCCUGGCAACCCCAGCAGGUCGAGUGGCUAGACGAUUCCUCUUGUAAUUUGGUCUUCGAAGCGGAGGACUCUGUCCAGAAGGCCAAGCAAGAGCUAGCAUUGCCUGGCCAGUCUUCCCCAGAUGAAGUUUGGUUGAAGACCAAGCCGAUCUCCAUUGGCAAACAGAAGGACGCCAAGAAGGGAAAGGCUCGGCGUGGAGGUCUCAAGGAGUUGUGCCUGCAGCUUCGAGUGGCAACAGAGGCAGACCGGAAGGACCCGGGUCACUCCGGGCACACGGACUCCGUGUACUAUGCGCAUGUGAAGGAGCAGCAGGCCUUGGAGAAGCAGGCAACGGAACUGCGGCGCAUGAAGAAGCGCCAGAGGCAAAUGACGCCAAGACGGAAGGAGCCAGCUCCGCAGUCUGCAGAGAAUGCCACUGGCCAAGGUUCAAGUGCAUCUUCGAAGCCGUGCUCCUCAGGGGAGCUGCAGGCUGCUCAGAGCUCUCCUGGCGACUCAGAAAGCUUGUCACAGGCGAAGGCCACGUCAGAAGGAGCACCUUCUUUCUUGUCUGCACGCCUUGAGUCGUACAACCUGCUGGACCCGCUGCUGUUCAUGAAAGCUUCGUCUGUCAACACCGCAUCAUCUGCGCAGACCGCAACAGGUGCAGGAGAGAAACCCACGCAGACUGACAGCAUAGCAUUGAACAAGGAUGACGACCUGAAAGCAGCACUGAAGCGGGCGGAGGCCGAAUAUGCAGCUGUGUUGCACGCAGCAGCGCCAGCCCACAGUACA